AGUAAUCUUGUUCUUGUUUUAUGUUUUCUUGUUUACAUUUAAGUUGACGGUCAUCGGUAAUAAUUGAACGGCAGAAGAAAAUGACUUUAAGCAAAUGUUUUUCUGUAACAUUCCAUUCAGCUUAUAUCAUGCUAUUUUACUAUAUUUCCAGUAACAUUUGUAUGGAACAUUUUCUUUAAAUCUGAAAAUAAAUCGCAUCCUCAUUUUCAAGCAUCGGAAAGGAUGAAAAUUUAUAUUAAGUGAUUGGGUAUAUAUCCAACUAAUAUGAUAGGUGCAUUCAUAUUUAUGCGUUUGAGGAAUAUGUUCUAUGAAUUGUGCGAUCUCUUUCGAAGAUGCAAGAGAGGUCUUGACAGCUAUAUGUCGUUAAGAAAGGCUUUUUUGCUAGCACUUCUUGUAUUUGGCUUGUUGCUUUAUGUUGGACCUUCAGUUUUCCGAUGGGUGAGGAAGAAGACUCCAAUAAUGAUUGAUCCUAAUAUUGGGUGCAUUGCUUCAAACAUGAAUGCACUGAUACGAGAAUCCCAAACAUUUGAUGCAAGUAUCUAUCGUUCUUAUGAGCCAGAUGAACCAUACUUUCUUCCUUUUGUUGGGAAUGGAAAAAUUGGUGUUCCUCUUGACAAAAAAGAAGAGUUAUAUGUCCAUUAUAAACGAUAUCUUUCAAUCCCUAUUAAUUAUCAUCCAAUUGUUCAAGUUGAUAUUCCAGGUGCUAGUACGCAAGAAGGAACAGCUGUGCAUUAUACAAGUGGUAUUGCUUAUAAAUUCCAGUGUUUUAAUAUGAGGAGACACCCAGUUAGUGUGAUUCAUCAAGUGUAUGCUUAUCGUAUAGCUCCUUCCCUGUUAAUUCAACAGAUUGAAAUUAUGAACCCAUUAAAUGAGGAUUUGACUCUUAUAUUAAGACAAGAAUCAUCUACAAGUAGUGAAAAUUCUCCUCUAGUCAUAACUUUACCCAAUGGAAACAAAUUUGAAUAUAAAGUAUUUUCUGAAGAAGUAAAGGUGCCUGAUUCUUCCAAAAGUAUUAUGCUAUCUAUUGCUGCUACAAAAGUGCCAAGUACAAUCAUUAUCCCACCUAAAAGCUCAAAAAAAUUAGUCAUCAGAACUGCUGUGCAUUACUCAGAGCCAUUCUCUGUUCCUAUACCAGAAACUGUAAAGCAAAAACUUGAAUCACAGUCUCAAAUGGAUCUUAGAAAUGCAUUAGAUACAGAUCCCCUGUAUUUACGCAUGAAACAUGUUGAAGCAUGGAAAAAAUUGUGGCACAGUGGAUUCACCAUAAGUAUAUCUAGAGCUCAAGGGGCCUUAAAUGGUGAUAAGAUAAACGCAACAUUAUAUUACAUGAUGUCCAAUUCUAGAGAUUUUAUGUCCGAAACAGACAUAACACCUCAUCAGCGUCUCUCAUACCAGAAGUAUUUGUAUGUUCCAGACAAAUGUUACAGUGGACAUCAUACUUUGCAAGCUUCAACAUUGUGGUCUGAUUUGAAAUCUAUAUCAGAUGUUAAUAAAGUUGUUCAUUUGUGGUUUCUUACUUUGAAUAAACAAGGGUGCCACCGUUUAUUACAAGCUGGAGCUGAAGGUGUGAUGCAAGCCAUGAUUCUUAGCUUUGGGGGUUUUAAAUUCAGUGAUCAUCAUUUAGAAUUUGACACUGAGCCUAAAGACUUGCACAGAGACUAUCAUUUCCGUCGUAUAAUUUAUGGUAAUUCUACCCAUGUCAACGUAAGUGUGAUUGUACAAGAGGAUAACAAAGCUUUGAUUUAUGCAGCUUUGGAUCGCAGUGAUAAAGACUAUUAUGCUUGUGAUGGUGGUUGCUUAGAUCCUCCUGUGAAAUUGGGGUCUGAACCAGUGCAACUGCCUGUCAAAUUAACUAGUCCAAUUACUGCUAUAUUGUAUAUAACUGCAGAUAAGCAACAUAUGGAAGAACUAAAACAUACCAUUCAUGUAGCAGAAGUUGUUGAAGCUCCUGCUCAUGAACAUCAUAUCAUUGCCUUACAUAGGCACGGACAUCAGUUAGGAGGUUUGCCAGCUUUUUUCUGGGUUUCAAUAGCAUUUCUUAUAGCUGUUUUUCAUUUAUUUUUAGCAAAACUGAUAUAUAAUGAGUAUUGUGGUAAUCAGGAAAAAUCUCGUGGACGGUAUGUGGUGUGAUUGUAAAUAUGUAAAUGUAUAAAGUUUUCAAGUGUAAUU